AUGUGGUUCGGGCAAAACCAGCUAGCCGGGAACUCUUGGGCGAAAAGAGAUAUUUGCCCAUCGAGUCACGAAGACGACGGAACCCGGAUUUGCCCAGCGGAAACCCAGCAGGAAUUGGUGGAUUUCUCCUCAGCUGUUGGGAAGAUGUCGGAGGAUUUCAGUCAUAUGAAGUAUGAAAUUGGCAAGGGGAUGGAAUCCAGACGGAAACGAGUUCGACGACAAGAUCAAGUUUUCAGUGGAAAUCUGAAGUUGGAUGUUCCCAUGAAGAUUUUGCUGGAUGCUUUGCGAAUGCAUGGCUUCCACCCAAAGACAAGGAAGCAACAAGAUUACUUAUUGCCAAUGGAAAACAGAGAUUUAAAAAGCAAGAAGCACCAACCAAAAAUUUUUAUACUCACUGGCUUACAGAGGAAUAAUCACUCCCAGGAGCAAAAUGAUCCCAUUCAGACCCUCAGACCUUUGGCAACUGAAUUCAAGAUUGACACAAACAAGGAACACCAAACAAAUGAGAAUGAGGGGUCACACACUACAACUGCAGUACCACAGGAUGCAAAAACUGAAAUGCACACUGAGCCAUCAUUGUCAGGCAUCAUGCAGGCAUGGUGUGAGUACAGUAUAUCA